GAUCCUUCUGAUGACCAAGCUGGCCCGUGUCCCCAGGGGUGCUACGCUGGGGAGGCAUGCAGGUGGGAGGGGCACACAGGAAGGGAAGAGUCUGGCACGCUGUGUGCCCAGCUGGAUGGCGAGCUAAGGGAGGGCGCAGAACUACUCUCACUGCUUCUCUCUCCUCAGCUCUCCCGUUUUAUGGAGCUGCGGGCUAGGGCCAGCCCAGCUCCCCUUUUUCCGGCUGGCGAUGCUGCUGAUCUCGUCGUGGAGAGACCCCGGGCAGCCCCGCAGAGCCUGAGCGCCGAGGCGGCAGUGGCGACGGCCCCCCUGUGCUCCCCGGCUGACUACUAUGGCCGUGUACUGCUAUGCGCUCAAUAGCUUGGUGAUGAUGAAUAGCAACAGCGAGGUGACAAGCGGCGGGAGCAAGACGCCGCCUCCUCCCGGACAAGUGCUGCCCAAGGGUCCGGAGACGCCUGGCAGCUGCCGCUCGCUGCCUGCCUUCAGCCCGGCCCCGGUGCCGCCCCGCUCCCCGCGCUGCGGCCCCGCGUUCCUCUUCCCAGCGCCCGAGGAGCCCCCGGGGCAGCCGGGCAGCCGGGGCGAGGAGGGACAGCCCGCACCGCCGCCCAUGGCACGGCAGCUCCAGCGGGAGCUGCACAACGUGCAGGUGAACCAGAAAGUGGGGCUCUUCGAGGCGCACAUCCAGGCGCACAGCUCUGCCGCCCAGCCACCCCGCAGCCCUCGGCUGGCCCGGGCCUGUCCGGCCAGCCCCACGGCACCGGGGCCGGGACUUGGGGCUGCACCCCGGCCGCCAGCCCGCAGGGAGAGCGAGGCCCCCGAUGCUGGAGGGGUGCAGGUGUGUCCGAGCGCUGCAGAGCCCUCCAGGAGGCCGGUGGCGGUGGUGGAGCUGGCAGAGAGCAGCGGCCCCCUGGAGCAGUCAGGACCUGCUCCACGGCAAGAGGAGGUGGUGGUGGCCCGCACAGGACUGAAGGGCCAGCACCCGGCCAUCGGUGGGAGCAUCCCUGCCGUCAUUGUCACAGACCUGGGGGGCCCGGAGGAGGAGGCGGGCGCCGUGCCUCCUGGCAGCCUGCCCGUCCGGAAGCUCUCCUCAUCCUCAGCGUCUUCCACCGGCUUCUCCUCGUCCUGGGAGGAGUCCGAGGAGGACAUCUCCAGUGACCCCGAGCGCACCCUGGACCAGACCCCUGCCUUCCUGCAGACCCUGGACCAGCAGAAGCCCCGGGUGAGCAAGUCAUGGAGGAAGAUCAAGAAUAUGGUGCACUGGUCCCCGUUUGUGAUGUCUUUCAAGAAGAAGUACCCUUGGAUCCAGCUAGCGGGGCACGCAGGUAGCUUCAAGGCGGCAGCCAAUGGCAGGAUACUGAAAAAGCACUGUGAAUCGGAGCAGCGGUGCCUUGACCGCCUCAUGAACGAUGUCCUGAAGCCCUAUGUCCCUGCCUACCACGGAGAUGUUGUCAAGGAUGGGGAGAGAUACAACCAGAUGGAAGAUCUGUUGGCUGAGUUUGACUCCCCCUGUGUUAUGGACUGCAAAAUGGGGGUCAGGACGUACCUGGAGGAGGAGUUGAUAAAGGCCCGGAAGAAGCCCAGCCUGAGGAAGGACAUGUACCAGAAGAUGAUUGAGGUGGACCCCGACGCCCCCACUGAGGAGGAGAACGUGCUGCGGGCAGUGACCAAACCCCGCUACAUGCAGUGGAGGGAGACCAUCAGCUCCACCGCCACGCUGGGCUUCAGGAUUGAGGGGAUAAAGAAAGAGGAUGGCACUGUGAACCGGGACUUCAAGAAGACACGGACAAAGGAACAAGUCAUGGAGGCCUUCAGCGAGUUCACCAGAGGAAACAGGAACGUUUUGAACAGUUACCUUAACCGGUUGAAGGGUAUCCGUGCUACCCUGGAGACAUCCCCGUUCUUCAAGUGCCAUGAGGUAAUUGGGAGCUCUCUCCUCUUCAUUCACGACAAGCAGGAACAAGCCAAAGUCUGGAUGAUUGACUUUGGGAAAACCACCCCGCUGCCAGAGGGACAAGUUCUCCAGCACAACGUGCCCUGGGUGGAAGGGAACAGAGAGGAUGGCUACCUCUGGGGGCUGGACAACCUCAUUCAGAUCCUGACAGAGUUGUCCCAGAGCGAAGACUUGCAUUAAAGCCGCGCAUCCGACUCUGCCACUACCCCCAACCUGCCCCGACUGACUCUUCUGAACUGCACUACAAGACACUUUCCAGCCCUCACCCUCCCCGUUUGAAAGCUAUACUCUCCCUAUUUAAUGUGUUUUUGUUGUGGUUGUUUUUUUUAGGUUGUCUUGGUUGUUUCCCCCCUACCCCUCCUUGUAAAUAGAGAGCUAACCUGCCAGAGCAGAAGCUGAACUUGAAACCUUGGCUUUGCAGAGUCAGUGGGAGCAGGUGGCCCAGAGCAGCCCAGUGGGGUUGCUUAGGCAAGUGCAUGCUUCGCCUAUCGUGUUUUUGUCUCUUGCUCAGUCUGAUGUUCCUGGCGGAGGAAAGAGCCUCUUCCUGCACCAGGAUAGUUCUGAAAACACUCAGUGACCCUGCCCAGGAUCCUCUGGCAGUCAGAGAGUGUGAGUGAGGUGUGGAGAUGGUGGAGGACUCUGUAGUGGGAGCCCUUUAGUUGUCUCUGCCAGCACCCUUCAGCCCAGGGAGCUGGCUGUGCCAAAUCCUUCAGAGCUGCUAGAAGGGCAGAUUUGGGGUGUCAUUUGUGUUCAAGACAUCUUGUAGAGGUUGCUUAGUUAUUUCUGAGUGGCACUGGAGGGCGAGGGUAUCCCUCCUGCUGCAGAGCCAUGUAGUCAGGCACAGGUAUUGGCCAUGGCCAGGUGCUUCCCACCCGUGUCUCCCGUGCUGGGUGCCCUGGUGAGAAGAACUUUGGGCUCCUCUCUAGAGCCCCAGCUCUCCUGCUAGGAACUGCUUCCAGCCUACCUUACCUGGGGUCUCCAAUCCUCCCUAGCUGGGAAAAAUAGCUUAUAAAGGACUACUAUGAGACCUAAAGUAGCCAUCCAGGUUGAUCAGUCUUUUUUGUCACCUGCUGAGCACAUGUGUAGUGCCACCAACACUCACACCUAGCCCAGAGCAACCCUCCCACCUGGAGCAUCUCCAUAAUUUCUGUCUGUAUCAGGUGAAGGGUUACAGCAGCAAGGCAGCUCCCGGCUUAGACACCUUUGGCAAAGCAGAGCUGGGGACAGGCAUGCCCGUGCCUUCCCCUUUUUGCACAGAGCUGCGCUGCUCCCCAGCCUGGGGCCGUGUGCUCCCGCUCCCGUGAAAACACCCAGUUCCCUAUUUAGGGCGGAGGCUAUUUUUUAACUUCCUGGAACAUUCGAACCGAGCAGGGCAGGGCUGGUGCGCUAAAGGUCAUCCCUGGAAGAGGAGGGGUCGAGGAAUGUGCAGCGCAGGAGUGGUGCAGGAGCUCGGCAGCCACGAAUCCCUCGCCCACUGCAUCCAUCCCCAAACCCACUGUCCCAGGAGCAGGGCUCCACACCCCUCUGCCAUCGUCUGAUGGGUCCAGCACCCCUCGUGGGGGAGACCUCCCUUGCAGCAAUAAGGAGGAAGAGGAGUUGGCCACCAAGCCAUCUGCAGCCAAGCCUCUUUCCCAAGGACUGAAGUUUCCUAAGGUUUUUCUCAGUUCAUGUCUCACCAGAGAGAUGUCUUUUGCUCAUCAGAUGCCAUUGUAAAUGGUUGCACUGUUUUAGCUCCUUGCCAAGCUUUCUAGAAUAGCCCAUGUGGAAGUGCCUUAUAGACAUUGCCUCUGUUCCAUUAGUGUCAUGGAAAAGGUUGGGUUGUUUUUUUUUUAAGUUAUAUUUAUUUUCAUCCCAUUUUAAUUGCACAAAACACUAAAACAUAAUGCAUGGAACUUUUUUUUUUUUUUAAACUGUGUUUCUAGUUUUUAAGCCACGCCUUUUCCAGCUUUGGGGAAAGGGUGUGCACAGAUACCCGUAGCUAUGUACCACUUACCGCUGUACUUUAGCUUCGAGCUGCUCUUAUAUAUGUACCUUAUUUUUUUAGCCUGUUUAUAAACCAGAUUCCUCGCUUCGUGGCUUCAGAAGAAGCAGAUUGUUGCUCUCAGAUGUCUUAUGGUUUCCUGGAGGCUGGAAGGGUUGCUGUGAGGGGUUUUCCCUACUCCCACCAUACCUCUCGGUCAUUGGGUAAUACAGAAAAAAAAAAUCCAAACCGAUCUGGAACACCAACGCACAGUGCCUGUAAAAAAGCCCUGUAACAUUGCAAAUAAAGGCAUAUGGGAAGCAUU